CCCCCUUCUAUGAGCCGAGAUCCGUCAGAACGGGCCAGUUGGCUCAGGCACGCGAAGCCACGGAACAUCUGCACCAACUUACGAAGUCCAGCGUAAGGUAUUUAAUUACGCCUUGGCCAUUCAUCCUAAACAACGCAACGACUCGAGAGACAUGGGCGAGACAGGGCCGUUAGAGGGUGAGUAUAGCCAAUUAGCAAAGCCCGAUGGUUAACCGCACACACGCCCUUGGGACUGAGGGCAGCCUGAUUCCACCACAGUCGAACCUUGAUCCAUGUCUGGGCCCCCGCUGGCCCUACCUAAGGUAUUCUGGUGCGGGCAUUUCCGACGCCAUACAACGUAAGGCUCGCCCUCCUGCUUGAAGCUGUUGGGCUGCUCGGUCGUCACACUGGCAAGAAAAAAACGAAAAACCCUGCGGCGGUGCAAACAAAAUGGGGGCUCAAAAGACGAGGACGACCGCCUCUAAAUCCGAAUGAUGCUACUUCGUACGCAGUGUCAAGGGCAAGACGUCUCCAUAGCCUCGCCGGGAUCCAAGUGCGAAAAGGGUCUCGGGCUCGGUAAUCCAAUGUGCUAUGAACUGCAUUUCUCUAGUGCAGGGACUGCCACAAUCAGAAACAUGCACAGCGGUCGUCAUUCAUACGAAUAUGACCUUGGAUCUGUAUGAAUGCCAUGCAGUGCACUCUGAUGAACUUCAAGACUGGGUUCUUCGGAGCACUAUUGGCCCCUCUUGACUCGACGAGGCCGUGUUACCUA